AUGCAGCGCCAGCACGACGCACCGCAGGAGGCCAGUGCUGAUGCUGGACCCGAUACACACUCCACGACCAACGGCGCUGCACAUGCUAGAACUACGACCCUGGCACGCCUGGCCUCUCCUCCACAAGCUGCCAGUGCCAGUGCCAGUGCCAGUGCCAGUGCCAGUGCCAGCCCGGAAGCCCGCGGACACAGAGUCAAGCCCAAGCAGAAGCGGAACAAGCCCACACUCUCAUGUCUCGAGUGCGUCGAACGGAAAACGAAGUGUGAUCGAGGACGACCUUGUCUCGCGUGUGUCAAGAGACAGUCCAGCUGCGGAUAUACUGCUGUGGCGAAUCUCAUCGCGUCAGCCGAUCGGAAGCAUGGAGCUCCAACCAACAAGGCCCGAUAUGUCACAAAGCCGUCGAGCAAAGUCCGCAAGACAGCCUCCAUCACAUCCCCCUCGGCAAGCUUGACUUCUCCGUCAGUCGGCACUGACAACGGCUGGCCUAGUAUCGGUGGACGAGCGCCCCGUGCCUCACUAUCAUCUUUCCAACGAGUAUCACCUCUUCAAGUCUCGGGCGUUCCCAUCUCCCAGAGCUCGCCUAGCAACGUGUUUGGCGUCGGGUCACAGCAUCCCUUUGCGAACUACUGGACGUGUCAAGGCGGCCUACCGGAGGUCAUCACUGUGUUACCUAGCAAAGAGCAGGCUGACAUUCUUGUCGCAAAGUAUUUCGAGGCUGUCGAUCCUGUAUACCCAUUUAUCCAUCGUAGGACGUUCUACUCGGACUACGAAUCGUUCUGGGCACUAUCUCAGGAUGAGAAAGGCAGGACUGAUGAUGCCUCGCUGAUCGCGCUGCACUAUGCCAUGUAUGCGCUGGGGACUCAGUUCAUGCAAUUUCCGGCCUAUGAAGAACGAUCGCAGACAGCAGAAUUCUACUGCUCCGCAGCAAACCAGGCAUUGCGGGUUUACUCGUACUUGAAUCGCACGUCGAUGCGAGCAAUACAAGCUAUGCUGCUUAUGGCGUACUUCCUGAUGAACGACAACCAUGCAAGUGAUGCGUAUGCCUGGGCGGGCAUUCAUCUACGACAGACGUAUGCGCUACGACUACAUCGAGAUCCGGACAUUAUCGUGCCCGAUGCGUCAGUUCUGGAGAAGCAGCAACGACGGAAGCUUUGGCAGGCAGUCUUCUUUCAAGACACAUUUCUGACGGUACUGCUGAAACUGCCACCAACGGCCACGCACAGCGAUGUGCCUGUGGAAGCCCUUGCUGACGAGAAUGAGCUCAGCAACGAUGGUGUCGAAGUGUGUAUCGGCGCCCACCGAGUAGAGAAUCUGAUGAGCAUCAAUGUGAUUGCGCCUCAAAUGUCGCAACCUCUCGCACCGCCGCAGCCACACCACCUUGUAGAUCAAGCGACCGUAAAGAACGACAUCGCCUACAUGCGAAGCAUGUGGCAUCUCGGCAAUCUGGUCCAGGAGAACCUAUCAUCUCCAUUAUCACUAUCAUUGCCGAUCGCGAAUAGUCCAAGACACAAGGACUCACUAGUCGCAGCAUUCAAGCGGCUGUACAAGUCGUUCCCGGCACCACUCACGAUCCUUGACUAUGGGAUUUUGCAACAGCAAGUCACGCCACAUCCACGCCAGAUACGACAGAAUCUCUUCCUCACUAGUAACUACUUCCACUGUCUCAUGCUCCUGCACGCAUCGGACAACCCCGAAGCCAGCGUGGAGGCCAAUCCAAAAGCUGCUCUAGAAGCCGCACACGAAGCUCUUUGUGCUUUCUUCAAGCUCUGGGGGUUGUUUGAGACCGAAGCAGGCGUAUGGUGGGCGUUUCAGCAUCGUGCUUUCGAGGAGAGUCUACUGGUUGCGAAUCUCUUGGCUCAUUCGCCCAUGCCGGAACGACAUAUUGACCCGAUCUAUGGUAAGGCUAAAGAGGACAUCAGACGUAUGCUCGAGAUCAUGCAACGGUAUGGCGAGAAUGUGGAGACCCACAAGACGCGGAUGGAGGUGCUGCAUGAAGCUUUCCAGCGGAUCGCUGUGUGA